AUGGUGGUCCCGGAGCACCGGGAAGGGGCCCAGCUGCCAUCGCGCUGCGAGUGCCGGGACGGUCACGGGGUGUCCAAACCGACUGUGGCAGCGUGUCCGAAGCCACUGUCGCGAUGUGUCGGGACCGAGCGUUGCCAGGAUGAGCUGGUGCUGCAGGUGCUAGCACAGGCGCUGCUGGAGGGGGACACGGUGACGCUGUGCUGCUGGGGCCAGCAGGACAGCCCGGCCACCAAGGUGCAAUUUUAUCAGGAUGUGAAGAAUCUGGAGGGGUCCCCCAGGGGAACCAAGCUCUCCAUCUCCUCGCUGCGGCUGCACCACAGCGAUCGCUACCGUUGCAAAGACUUGGUGGGCUCAAGAAUGUCACAGUCAGCAGCAGUGACAGUGACAGUGCAGGAGCUCUUCAUGGUGCCAGAGCUGGAGGGUCCCUCCAAGCCCACCGAGGGGUCCCCCCUGACUCUCAGCUGCCUCAGCACCCCCAGCCCCCUGCAGCCACGAGCCCCCCUCCUGCACGUGUUCUACUGGGACAGGCAGGUGGUGGGGGGCCCACAGGGGUCCCCGCAGCUGCUGGUGCCCGCCCUGGGGGUCUCCCACUCGGUGAAUUACAGCUGCCAGGUGCGCUCCGAGGUGGGGGCCGUGCAGAAAAGCAGCACCCGGCUCCGCAUCACGGUGUGCAGUGACUUGCCCGUGGCCAAUGCCACCAUCACACCCAGUCCUCUGUCACACCAGGUGUGUGCACGUGACCCCAGCCCACUGCUACUCAGUGCAGCUGCCAGGAAAUCCCAGGACAGGGGCCCCCUAGAACCCCCUUAUCCCCUGGAGGAGGGGGAGGGGCUGGACACCGAGGGGGCAGGGGGUGAGUAUGGGGGAUGGAGCCACCACCCAGGGGACACACCCCGGCACUGAGUGACAGCCAGUGCACAUGGCUGGGGACACCGGGAUGGCCGGGAAGCCCAGACCCUCGGCCUCACUGGCACCCAGACCACCCAGCUCCUGGUGGAGCCCCCCUGGAGGCUGGUGGUGCUGUGGGACCGGGUGACACUGACCUGCCAGGGCUCGGGGACCGCCAGUGACACCACCUGGUACAAGGAUGGGCAGCACUGGGGGCAGGGUGGCGCCCAUUUCACUGUCACCAAGAGUGGCACCCACAGGUGUGAUAGACCCUCCGUGACCGUCUUAGAGGGUGAGGGCUGGUUGGUGCUGCAGGUGUUGGCGUGGGAGCUGCUGGAGGGGGACACAGUGACACUGCGCUGCUGAGGCUGGUGGGAAAUGUCGGUCACUGGAGUACAAUUCUACCAUGGGGACAAGGAGGUGGAGAGGUCCCUCUAUGGGGCCGAGCUGUCCAUGUCACCUCUGCAGCUGAACCACAGCGGUCACUACAGCUGCAGGGGCCAGGUGGACUCUGAAAUGUCACCAUGGGCACAGUUGGCACCAGUGACAGUGACAGUGCACGAGCUCUUCUCGGUGCCGGUGCUGGAGGGUCCCUCCAAGCCCACCGAGGGUUCCUCCCUGAAUCUCAGCUGCCUCAGCCCCCUGCAGCCCCGAGCCCCCCUCCUGCACAUGUUCUACCAGGACGGGCAGGUGGUGGGGGGCCCGCAGGAGUCCCCACAGCUGCUGGUGCCCACCAUGGGGGUCUCCCACGAGGGGAAUUACAGCUGCCAGGUGCGCUCUGAGGGGGGGGGGGGUGUGCGGAAGAGCAGCACCCAGCUCUGCGUCACGGUGCGCAGGUACCCAGUCGCAGGGGUGUCCCUGUCAGCACAGCCCCCCUGCGGACAGGUGGCCCUCGGGGACCGCCUGGUGCUGGGCAGCACAGUGGUUGUGGAGACAGGUCCCCUGUCCUUCUCCUGGCACGGGAGGGCUUGGGGAGCACUGCUGGGCACCGGCCCCCACCUGGAGCUGUGCCAUGUUGGGGACAAUGACAGCGGCCAGUACCGGUGCCGGGUCAGUGACGGGGACAGCGUGGCCGAGAGUGACCCCCUGAAUGUCACCGUCCUGGUGCCCGUGGCCAAUGCCACCAUCACCCCUGGUCCCCUGUCACACCAGGUGCGUGCAGGUGACCCAGUGACCCUGCACUGCUCAGUGCAGGUGGGCUGCCCUGUCACCUUCACCUGGCUGCACAAUGGGCAGGAGGUAGCCCAGGGGACUGAUGUGGGACAUUCAGGCACCUACCAGUGCGUGGCCACCAACCAGCUGGGACAGGAUGGGCACCGCAUGUUCCAGGCACUCAGCCUUGAGCUGGCCCUGGAGGUGACACCUCGCUCAGCCUGGGUCACAGCAGUGGCUGUGAAUGUCGGCAGGACCCUCCUUUUCCUGCUCCUGCUCCUGGCUGUCAUUGGGGGCUGUCACUGGUGGCACCGCUGGGGUCGUCACCAGAAAGCUCCAGGACAGGAUCCACAAGUGACCAACGCAGAGCUGUUGGGACCCUACGAGGGACAGCGGGACCCCCAUGAUUUUGAGAAUGUGCUGUGA